UACGUGGAUGAGGCACACUCUCGCGUGUGCACGCGACCUCAUAUACGCGAUACCGAUACAUGCAACGCGGUCUGAGAAGAUAUCGCUAAGUGGCCGUCGAUAUACGGAACGACAGAUCAGUUUAAGACCACCUGCCCCGCAAGGUGGAACUCCUUUGUAGAGAAAUUGUUUAUCGGUGAUCGCGAAUUUAGUUCAAUCACUGGCUUGGCGCUGAGAGGAUUGUUGUAGCUUGAAAAAAAAAUGGAUCGUGUUAAAAGAAAGAAAAAGAAGACGGGUGGUGAAAAGAAAGUGCUGCUAUCCAUCGUCAAUCCUUGGGACGUGAAGGUGGCCAGUGUUGAUCCGAUCGGACUGGCCGAACGACGGGGCGUCUCCCUGUCCGUCUUACCCUCUAAUCAGGACGAGGGUGCCAGCCAGGAGUGGUCGCCCCUAGGCAGGUCCCUUAAGAUACCGUCACCCUGGUACAAACCUGGUACCGGCUCCUCCGAUCACGUCAACUCCGUCAAGUCCAAGGAAUCGACGUUGAUCGAUCCCAUCUGGUUGAAUCCUUGGUACACGCCGCAAAGGUCGCCCGUCAACAGAACUCACGAUUCCCCGUCGCCGAGUCCGUUCAAGGAAAGAUUACGAGGUAACAGACAGAGAACCGGCGAGACAAGGCACGACGACGAGCCGGGCGAGGUCGACAAUGGAUUAAUCAAGGCUCCGCAGGAAAUUAGCCGCGACGGUUUCGAUGAUGUGGACGGUACAGCGGCGGUGCGUGUGCGUUUCGAGAUCGACGGAGCAGAGCCGAAGCGGAAUGGAGUGCGAUGUGAGAACGGACGGGAUGUCGACGGUGCGCCGCGAGUGUUGACGAAAGAUCAGAGCGCGAAUAACGAUAGUUCGAAAGCCGAACGACGCGAACGGCGACCGAUCGCGAAACAGAAUCGCACGGGCGAAGUGAAUGCGGUGAAGAGGCAGGAGAGUUCUCCGCGGCGAACGGAUCGUGGUGCGGAAGUCGGUAAGGACGAGAAAAAUGCGAAUGACGAACGGGACUAUCCUCGGAUUGUAAUCGAAGAGAAGCCAGCGAUUAUCAACGUCGUUCAGUGCCUGGUGGAGUCCAGGUACAAUUCACCAACCGCGGCGGAGAGGAGAUCAAAAAGGAUGCCAUCAUGUCGUCGUCAAGAGACUUCGAAGGAAAUAGAUCUAGUGGACUUUUCAGGCAAAUCGAGCGAUAAUGCCAACGUUGUUGUUAAAGCAACCAUGCAGGAGAGUAAUCAAGGAAUCGCCAACGAGACGACGACGGUGAAAGCAUUGCCGGAAGUGCCGGCACUACGUGCCCCGAAUAUAAGAAAGACCAGCAUAUCGAUGCCGAGCAAACUCAACGAGAUGGACGAUCUUCGGAUAGAUAGACAAAAUGGUACCGCCUCGAAGUUUACGAGAGAGGAGAGCGAGACCAGCAGCAGCGUGACUUUCAGUAACAGCGGCUCGACACCGAAUGGAAGUCCUCUGGGAUCCGAAACUGAGGAGGAAGCGAAUGAUGAAGAGUUAGCUAAAGUGCCGCUGCAAGCUCCACCACGAAGGAAAGGCAGAAUCGUAUCAUCCUCGGUCAAUGAAAAAAUGGGGAACGACACCACGGAACUUUCGGCCGUGCAAAGCGCGACUUCCACGAUAACCAGCGUGAACAGCAUUAGCAGUCUUCUGAAGGAGAAAUUGCAGUUAUCGUUACCGCAGGCGUUGCGUAGCAGUGCAAGACGUCAGAAUGCUGAUUAUAGGCUUAAAGCAUUUGUUGGUAUCCUGUUCCUCUGUAUCGUCUUCCUCGUGGGAUUCGCCCACAUUUAUUACACUCAGCAUGUCCUACAACGAGCUUACUUUGAGAAAUUUAGAUUCAAUAAAAACGAAAGAGUGAUGAGAGUCUACAGCAGCAGCGGGGCGGAGAUCGUCGCCGCUCGGCUCGGCGAGGGAAUCCCACCGAACACGGGGGUGUACCCUUGCCUUCCUCAUCAUCAGCGACAGGACUCGGUCUGCCUCGAGUGGCUGCAACAGACGCGGCUUUACCUCGCGCACACGAAGCGCGAGGGUAUGCACUGCUACCACGUCACCUGGCAGAGUCUGAGCCCGUACUACAAUCCCAAGGACUGCUUCGACUGGUCCUCGAAGAGGGGCCACUGGUACGGCGCCGGUCAGAUCCAGAACAUGGUGUAUCCCCUGGAACGCGGUCGUCUGGAGUUGAGCCCUUUCAUCACGGGCGACGUGAGGAAGCAUCCCUUCGGCAACGUGCUCAAGAGAUACUUCCUCAAUUCGAAGGGCGCCACAAUCCUGGUGGAUCCCGAGACGCCGCUUUACGUCUCCAUCAACGCCAAUCGUACCAACGACUUUUGCCUGCAGGCGAAACACGACGCCUUCGCUUACAUCAAUCACUUGACGCCGCUACCUCAGCUCAACUACACCAUCUGCGCGACCGACAACAUGAAGAGUCUGCAUUCCUCGAUGGCGGAGAAGUCUCUGUGGGACGGUCUGAAGCCCGAUGAACUGCACGCCGUUCAUUCUCUGCUGUCCGAACCAGUUUGGCAGAUCUCGCCCAUCAAUGAAGCGGCUAUUUAUAAUUACACAGAAGAUGUGAUCGCGCUGGGAUUCCUUCGUCAAGGACACGUCCUGCUGAGCGAGGAAUGGCAGCCCAGUUCGGGUGAUUUCGUCCUAGACGAAGAACGAUUCCCCUCUAUGGAGGAAACUAUCAAUAUCAUUCAUCGCAGAGGAUUUAGAAUAGUUUUCACCAUCCAGCCGUUUAUCUCUACGGAAUCCAUCAAUUUCAAAGAUGCUGUCGCUAAUAGAUUACUGAUCUCCGAGAGAGGAAGCGAUCCUAGGAUUCCGGCGUUAACAAGGUACAAGCAAAGUAACAGCGCCGGCGUACUCGACAUUACGAAUAACAAGACCUUACCGUGGCUGCAAACGAAGCUCGAGAGUCUGGUCAUGAAGUACCACGUGGACUCGUUCUACCUCGAUCUGGGCACUGCCCAGGAUAUGCCGCAUUACUACAAGUGCGAGCAGCCUCUGACCAAUCCCGACCAUUACAAGACCAUCUUCACGCGUUCGAUACUAAGCACCAUACCCGUGAUCGGCGUCUCGAGCGCCAUUUCCAGGCCACGGGCGCCGGUCUUCGUAUCCCUGCCGCCCUUUCCAUCGUCCUGGAAGGCCAUCAAGACCGUCAUUCCUACCGUCCUCAGCUACGGCAUGAUCGGCUACCCGUUUAUUAUGCCGGGAGCGGUGGGCGGCGAUGUAGCGCUUCCGAUGUCGGAUAACAAUCCAGAUAAUGACUACGAAGUAGAUCUGCCAGACAAGGAACUUUACAUCCGCUGGCUGCAGCUCUCCACCUUUCUGCCCGUGAUCCGCUUCACUCACUUGCCGAGUAAAUAUUCAGAUGAGUCAGUCCUGGAGAUCGCCAAGAGGCUGACCACUUUGCGGCAGAAAACGGUUACACCGUUACUGAAAAAGUACGCGAACGAGACUCUGGACACCGGCCUGCCUAUUAUCAGGCCACUGUGGAUGCUGGAUCCGGCCGAUCCGGCAUGCCACGUGGUGGUUGACGAAUUUUCCGUGGGCGAGGAGUUGAUCGUGGCGCCGGUGCUCUAUUCCGGUAGCAGGCAGAGGGAGGUCUACCUGCCGGCUGGAGUUUGGAGGGAUGGUAUCGACGGGAGCUUGAGAAAGGGUUCGAGAUGGAUUCAUAAUUACAGAGUGGCCGAGGACAAGGUCGCGUAUUUCGUCAAGAUGCCGGACAACACGAGAUUCUGAGGGAUACGAUGCCGCUUCGCCGUUUUGCGUCACGAUGGGAGGGAUGCGCCGCAGUGUCGUCGAAGAAUGUCAAGGUCGAUAAAUCGAAAUGGUGAUCAUUCAGAUAUGAUCCCGCUGCGAUAACACGGUUUCUUCGGUAUGCCAAAUAAAUCAUAACGACGAACGUGUUGUGUAAUCGAUUCGUCAAUAAGACGAAUACCGACUACUUAUCUUUAUGUAUUAUCGACCAUGAAUUUUUAUAGACAUACAUCUUGAUUCUUUAUUAAAAUGCAAGAUGAACUUGUUCCUCGGUAAAUCUCGAAAGUGCAGAAAAAUGAUUGUGCAUUAGAAAAUACACAUAUCAUUGUGCUUGAAAUGACGAAAACUUUAAAAAAUGCGAUAUUUAAUGUAUUAAAUAAUUAAAUGAAUGGAUCUAAAAAUCGAGAUUACAAUAAUUGAUCCAACAUCGUGAUCUUCGACAGAAAGAGUGCAGCAGGAUUGUUAUGUAGGGAUAAAUACUUAACGGCAUGUAAAUGAGAGAUUUACACGUACACGUUAGUCGAAAGUGCUAUUCAAUAUUCAAUGAAUAUAUCAAUAUUCAACGAAAAGAUUUGAUUACAAUAAAAGUAUCCAAUGUUACUGUAUUCUACGGAUAUGAGAUUAUUGUACCAUCAGUACAGUAUCAGUACUAUAUUACAAUGCAUAUCAUAGACCAAAUAUUGAUACAUACUGAAAGAACAGGAAUCAAUUGUAGAUUUAAUUUAAGCUGUCAAUUAUAUUUAUUUUAUCUAACACAAUGUGAUUUUACAUCUCUAUCAAUCCUUUAAUAUAAUCUAUUAGUGGAACU